CCUACCCCCUCCCCCCCCCCGCCCCGUUGUCCCUUCCCUCUUCGAAUCUUCUUCGUGCUUCGUGUUGCUCGAGUUCUUCGGCCCUUCCAUGGAUUUGGGAAGGGUUAUGUGGGCUUUGGUGCUGGUGCUGCUCACUCCUGGCUUUGUCCAUGGAGGGGACAUCGUGCACGAGGACGACGAGGCCCCGAAGCUGCCCGGAUGCUCCAACAACUUCGUCCUGGUGAAAGUGCAAACCUGGAUCAACAACACAGAAGAUAAUGAGUUUGUUGGCGUUGGUGCUCGAUUUGGCCCUACCAUAGUGUCAAAAGAAAAACAUGCCAACCGAACUCGGCUUACUCUUUCAGAUCCUCCUGACUGCUGCACUGCACCUACGAAAAAGCUUGCUGGAGAUGUCCUGUUAGUGCACCGGGGACACUGCAAAUUUACAACAAAGGCAAAGGUUGCAGAAGCUGCUGGUGCAUCUGCUAUCUUAAUUAUUAAUAAUCAUAAAGAGCUGUACAAGAUGGUCUGUGAUCGAAAUGAAACAGAUUUAAAUAUAAAGAUUCCUGCAGUUAUGCUGCCACAAGAUGCAGGGGCUAGCUUGGAAAGCAGUCUUAAACAUGGUUUCUCAGUAUCUGUGCAACUGUACUCUCCAGAUCGUCCUUUGGUUGAUACAGCAGAAGUCUUUCUGUGGCUUAUGGCAAUUGGUACCAUCUUGUGUGCAUCAUAUUGGUCAGCAUGGAGUGCUAGAGAAGCAUUAAUUGAACACGAAAAGUUAUUGAAGGAUGCGCCAGACGAGUUACUAAACAUGGAAAAUACAGGAUCCAGCGGUGUGGUGGACAUCAACACAACAUCAGCAAUUUUGUUUGUUGUGAUUGCUUCAUGCUUCUUAAUCUUACUUUACAAACUCAUGUCAUUCUGGUUUGUGGAGCUUUUGGUGGUUCUUUUUUGCAUUGGUGGUGUAGAGGGUCUACAAACAUGCUUGGUGGCUUUGUUAUCACGAUGGUUCAAACGUGCUGGAGAGUCUUACAUUAAAGUGCCCUUUUUUGGAGCUGUUUCCUACCUUACAUUGGCUGUCUCUCCAUUCUGCAUUGUCUUUGCUGUUGUAUGGGCUGUUUAUCGUCGAGUAUCCUUUGCUUGGAUCGGCCAAGAUAUCCUGGGUAUUGCACUGAUUAUUACAGUUCUCCAAAUUGUCCGGGUACCUAAUCUUAAGGUGGGCACCGUGCUUCUCAGUUGUGCCUUCUUGUACGACAUCUUUUGGGUCUUCAUCUCGAAGAGUUGGUUCCAUGAAAGUGUAAUGAUUGUGGUGGCACGAGGUGAUAGGACUGCAGAGGAUGGUGUACCUAUGCUACUUAAGAUACCACGUCUCUUUGAUCCAUGGGGUGGAUAUAGCAUCAUAGGCUUUGGUGAUAUCCUUCUACCUGGGCUGCUGAUUGCAUUUUCAUUAAGAUAUGAUUGGGCUGCGAAGAAAAGCUUACGAGCUGGUUACUUCUUGUGGUCAAUGGUGGCUUAUGGCUCUGGUCUUCUUAUUACAUAUGUUGCCUUGAACUUAAUGGACGGACACGGUCAACCGGCUCUACUUUACAUUGUGCCCUUCACUUUGGGCACCUUCUUGGCUCUUGGGCGGAAAAGAGGUGAACUUAUAAACUUGUGGACACAAGGCGAGCCACCACGAGUCUGCCCACACGUUCAGCCUGCCAAAUAGGAGUCUGCCCUCGUGCUGUUGCACAAACUAUAAGCUAACUGCAAAGUCUCAAAACUGUACUGUGAUGUACACGUUGUAAUAGCUUGUAAUUGCCAGGAGACUCAAAGAUUAGAUCUAACAUAAAGCUUUGCCCAGCAUGCGUGAGGAAUGACAUUGCUGCAGGCUAAUUUCUAUAAACCACCAUGCUCUUUCCCACUUCAACUCCAAAUCACGUCUUGUGCCGGAUGGGCCAGAGAACUAACUUCCUUGUUGUAACCCGUACUUGUUGAAGUGGGGUAUUAUGAUGAUCUCAAGUUAGGAUGAUAAUAAUUUAUAAUGUUGUUAUCAUUGUUGUUGUUAUUAUUGUGGAAACAGUCUGUAUAAGUGCAACGUUAAAACUGCACAUGCAGUGUGAUCUGAGUUGCCA